AGCGCUAUAAUCUUCAAUUUUCUCAUAGCUACAAAAUGCCGCUUUUUGGUUGGAUGAAAUGGUCAAAAAAUGAUUCCUACAAAUCUGCACAAUAUCCUGGCUCAGAAGUAGUGACCAAGACCCUGCUGAGGGAAUUGAAAUGGCACCUGAAAGAACGUGAAAGAUUAGUACAAGAGAUUGAAAAUGAACAAAAAGUCCAGAAAAAUGGUGUGGAUUACAACUGGUUGAAGAACUACCAAAAUCCGCAAGCCACAAUCCCAGCUACUGAACAAAGGCAGCUUGAAGUCCUUUGUUCACAAAUUCAACCUUGCCAAACUGGAACUGUUCUUAGCAGAUUUCGUGAAGUUUUGGCAGAAAAUGAUGUCUUACCUUGGGAAAUAGUCUACAUAUUCAAGCAAGUUUUAAAAGAUUUCCUAACUACUAUUGAGAAGGAAAACCAACAAGACCAACUGGUAGAUGUAUGGAAUACAAAUUGCUCUGAACACUUCACAGUGCCUGGUGACAGCUCUAACAAAUCGGACAAAGAUGAAAUUCCCACAGUUUCAAGUUACGUUGACAAAAAUACACAGAGCAUGUUUCCCACUUUUUCUCACCGAAUCUGGAAUCUUCCAUAUUACUAUCCAUCAAGUUAAAAUUUUUCUUCAGUUAUCUGAAUUCCCUUUUAUCAUCCCAAUUCAGAGACGUAAAAACAUAUAGGAAUAAGAAAUAUGACAUGCUCCCCUUUGUUGCAACCUCAGAAUUUUAAAUCCCUAAUUAUAGUCUAAAUACAUUUUACAAACUUUAAUUAAAAUCAUUACCCUUUUUACCAUUACUAUUCCAAAGAUGUUGUGUUUAAAGGAACCUUUUAAUAUAAAGAGAUAAAAAAUAUAACUGUAGAUCUUUCCAAAAAAUGAUGAAACUAUCCUGUUUGUACUGUACCUAUAGCAUCUACUGUAAUAAGCAAUAGCUAUUAUCCAUAUUUCAAAAUCCGAUCACUGUGCAAAAUGUUAGCAGGGACUUCUGUUCAGUAAUCUACAUAGUUUUUUGAGAUUCUUCUAAGGAAACAAUAUACAGUGUAUGAGG